CUGGAAUAACGGGGAACUUCCCAGCUUCUUACAUUUUCAGUCUACCAAACCUCCAAAUUCUGAACCUUAGAGGUAAUAUUGAUCUAAGAGGUUUUCUACCAGAGUCUAAUUGGAGUAGUUCACUCAAAAUCUUGGAUCUUAGUAUUUGCCAUUUUGAAGGGUUGCUUCCAACAUCGAUUGGGAACUUUACACAAAUCACAUAUGUUGAUCUUUUAUCUAACAAUUUUAGUGGUGAGGUUCCAUCAUCCUUCUCAAACCUUGCACAGCUUGAAUAUUUGUCUCUUCACGAUAACAAUUUCAAAGGUCAAAUUCCAGAUGUAUUUGAGAAAAUGAGUAAGCUUUCUGCUCUAUCUCUUGGGAGAAACAGAUUCACAGGGCAGUUGCCCUCGUCGAUAUUCAAUCUUCCUCAAGUUUUAUCAUUGGCUUUUCAGCAUAAUAAUUUUGAAGGUUCUCUUCCAGAAUUUAAAAAUGGGCUUCCAAAACUAUCUUACCUUGACUUCUCUUCUUGCUUCCUCAAUGGAACAAUACCUCCUUGGAUUUUCGGUUUGCCAUCUUUACAAUUUUUGUACCUCCAAAACAACCAUCUUAGUGGUAAUAUUAGUGAAGCCCCAAGCAAAUCAUUACAAAGCAUUGAUUUAGGUGGUAAUAGCCUAUCUGGGUCUAUUCCAAGAUCAUUCUAUGAUCUUCAGAAAAUGACUGAUUUGAGGCUUUCAUCAAAUACCCUGAAUGGUGUUGUGGAGAUAGACCUAUUGUUUUCAAAGCUUAGAAGUCUAGAGUUGCUUGAUCUUUCUGGCAACAAUUUUUCAUUGAUCAUCAACAACAGUGUCAACUUUGCACUCCCCACUCUUUCCACACUUUCUCUGUCUUCAUGCAACAUAAAAGAAUUCCCCCAUGUUUUAAAGGCUUUUGUGAAUAUUCAAAUUCUAGACCUUUCCCACAACAAAAAUUCAUGGGGAAGUCCCCCAAUGGUUUUUUGAAGUGGGCAUUGAUUCAUUGAA